GGGCCGCUAGGGGCCAGUUGCGCGUGGGCCGCUCUGGCCCUCCGCUCGUCUCGGUAGCCCCUCUCCCCUCCCGCUGCCGUGGGUGGGAGGGUGAGGACGCAGCCAGCGCGCGUGCGCGCUCCGCGCUGCAGCUAGUCUGCGUGCGUGAGUGGGAGGCGGCGGGCCUGCGACUCUGGCCUUCCCGGCUGACUGCUCCGACGCCGCAUCUCCAGUCAUGAACCGGUUCGGCACCCGGUUGGUGGGAGCCACGGCGACCCCGCCGCCGCCGCCGAAAGCCCGCAGCAAUGAGAACCUUGACAAAAUCGAUAUGUCCCUGGAUGAUAUUAUCAAACUGAAUAGAAAGGAAGGAAAGAAGCAAAAUUUUCCAAGACUAAAUAGAAGACUUCAGCAAAGUGGUACCCGGCAAUUCAGGAUGAGAGUACGGUGGGGAAUCCAGCAGAAUUCUGGUUUUGGUAAAACUAGUGUGAGCCGUAGAGGAAGAAUAUUGCCUGGAAAGAGACGUCCUUAUGGAGUUAUCACUGGCCUUGCAGCUAGGAAAGCAACUGGAAUUCGAAAAGGAAUUAGUCCUAUGAAUCGUCCACCUCUAAGUGACAAGAAUAUAGAGCGAUAUUUUCCAGCGUUAAAAAGGAAGACAAGCCUUCUGAGGCAAAAUGAAAUACAAAGGAAACCAGUUGCAGUUCUCAAGAGACCUAACCAGUUAAACAGAAAAAAUAACAUUCCAGCUAACUUUACCAGGAGUGGAAAUAAACUAAGUCAUCAGAAAGAUACUCGUCAGGCAACUUUUCUUUUCAGAAGAGGCCUGAAGGUUCAGGCCCAGUUGAACACAGAACAACUGCUAGAUGAUGUGGUAGCAAAGAGAACUCGUCAAUGGCGUACUUCCACCACAAAUGGAGGAAUUUUGACUGUAUCCAUUGACAACCCUGGAGCAGUACAGUGUCCGGUACCUCAGAAACCACGAUUAGCUCGUACUGCUGUGCCCUCAUUCUUGACAAAAAGAGAGCAGUCUGAUGUUAAGAAAGUUCCUAAAGGUGUCCCUCUACAGUUUGACAUAAAUAGUGUGGGAAAACAGACAGGGAUGACUUUGAAUGAACGAUUUGGGAUACUGAAAGAACAAAGAGCCACUCUCACAUUCAACAAAGGAGGAAGCCGCUUUGUAACUGUGGGCUAGAUCUAUGGCCAAGGAACUCUUAAGUGAUGACUGUUUGAAAAGUUGAAUUGCUUGAAGAGUUCGUCAGAGAAGUUCAAGAAACUUUACUUCAGAAUAUUCACAAGCCUAAAUAACUUUAUUUUUGAAGGUUUUUUUUAAUGUAUAAAUAAUGCCCUGAAAGAAUAACAGGGAAUAUCUGUUCUUAAAGAUUUCAUGGUUGGCCCAAACAAAGCAAUUCUUUAUUGACUUCUUAGAUUCCUCAUGAAGCAGAAGGAAGACAGAAAGAUAGAAAUUGAUUAUUUUUCAUGAGUGUGGUAUUUAGGAUCUUAUCACUUUUGUCCAGUUUGUAGACUUUGCCAUGGUUAAUCUUAAACUUCAGAAAUAAGAGUACACCCCUGUGUUUCUGUCACUAAUCAUUAAUGUGCUGAGGUACCAAAUACAGUUGCCUUUUUGUCAUUAGUGAUAUUUUUUAAACUGUAGGAGAAUUUCAAUUUUGGCGUUUAAGAUUUAUGGAAAUACUUAGAACUUGUCUUGUUUUUCAGUUAUUGUUAGAUUAAACCCCCUGAGUUCUAAGCAUUUAGUAUUGAACUUUUAAUAAGAACAUGGCUCUCAGGAUUUGUCUCAGAUUACAAUGUGUCAGAGCUGGAAAUGGUUAUUUGCGAAAUUAUCUGGCAGGGCCUUGCAGGAGAUGCCCAGUACAAAACCCUUACAGUUUGUCUUUAGUAAAUGAAGAAGACACCAGAAGCAGUAGCAAAUCGAAAGAUUGGAAACAGAAAAAAAAUAAAAACCUGAAUUAUAGUUAUACUCUUGAUUUAGUGCUGUGUUAAGUCUAGUGCCCAUAGAUUCUUAAAAGAAUUUCACUUUUUAAAAUGAAUGGAAUCCUUAGGUAUUUUUGACAGUACACUUACUGGACAUAAAGUCCUUUGCUUCAUAUUCAAAAAAAAUUUUUAAAGGUCAAUAAGUUAUAAUUUACAACCCCCCCCAAACAAAAAUCUACUUGUCUUUGUCACAAAGAAAAAAAUUAUAAUGAAGUUACACUUAACUGUACACGUUCACUCUGUUUCUUUCAUUUUUUUUUUUUUUUUUUUUUUUGUUUUUGUUUUUGUUUUGUUUUUUGAGAGGGUUUCUCUGUAGCUUUGGAGCCUGUCCUGGAAUUCGCUCUGAAGGCUAGGCUAGCCUUGAACCCAACAGAGAUCUUCCUGUCUCUGCCUCCCGAGUGCUGGAAUUGAAGGUGUGUACCACCACUACCCUGCUCACUGUUUCUUGUAUCACUCAAAAUUCAGGCAUUAUAGAGAGAAAGGGUUUUUCUCUUUCUCUGGAGGUCUGCUGUGCCAAGAUAGUGCUGAGAGUCCUCACAUAGUUGUAUGAUUUGAAUUACAGUAAAAUGCCAAAAUGCAGUGACAUAUUCCAGCUACAGGUUAUCAAGUGUGGUCAUUUUGAAGCUUGACCUUUUGUUUUGCUAUGUUUUCAAGUCUCGGAGUGGGUGUUUAAGUAUCUCUGAUGUUGAUUUCUCUUGUAAAAUGAGACAAAGUACUAUGCUUCCCGCCCGCCUUGAUUGCAUCGUAGACUCCAUUGUCUUUGAUGCUCUUUGAAUUUCUUAAUGGCUUAUGCUAGUCAUGGAAAAUCAACAACGAUUUCAUGCUUAUACCAAAGAUCUAAAUCUGAUCCUCAAUGUCUGUUAUUUGCCAGUACUUCUACUUGAUAAGGGAUUUUUGGAAGCCAAUCAUAGAAUUUGAAAAUAAACUAUAGUUUCUCCUUA